CGCGACCCCCGCCUGCUCUGCUCAUCUCGUCCUCACUCCCCUCCACUCCACUCCUCCCGUGUCCCUUCGUCGCGAAGCUCCAGCAGCUGCUGCUGCAAAACCCCAAAGAGGGAAGGACGAAGCCACAGACAUUAGAGGUCCUUGUGAAUGGAAGAGGAGGGAGGGAGAGCAAAGAUGCGGCGCGUCGCGCUGUUGCUGCUCCUCGUAUGCGCGCUGGCGCGGGCUGCCGCGGUCGUCACCGACGGUCUUCUCCCGAACGGCAACUUCGAGGAUGGCCCGCCCAAGUCGGCGCUGGUGAACGGCACGGUGGUGUCGGGCGCCAACGCCAUCCCGCGCUGGGAGACCUCCGGCUUCGUGGAGUACAUCGAGUCGGGCCACAAGCAGGGCGACAUGCUGCUGGUGGUGCCGCAGGGCGCCCACGCCGUGCGCCUGGGCAACGAGGCCUCCAUCCGGCAGCGCCUCGCCGUGGCGCGCGGCGCCUACUACGCCAUCACCUUCAGCGCGGCGCGGACGUGCGCGCAGGCGGAGGCGCUCAACGUGUCGGUGAGCCCCGAGUGGGGUGUGCUCCCGAUGCAGACCAUCUACGGCAGCAACGGCUGGGACUCGUACGCCUGGGCCUUCAAGGCGAAGCUGAGCACCGUGACGCUCGUCAUCCACAACCCCGGCGUGGAGGAGGACCCCGCCUGCGGCCCGCUCAUCGACGGCGUCGCCAUCCGGGCGCUGUACCCGCCGACGCUCGCCAGGGGGAACAUGCUCAAGAACGGCGGGUUCGAGGAGGGCCCCUACUUCCUGCCCAACGCGUCGUGGGGCGUGCUGGUGCCGCCAAACAUCGAGGACGACCACUCGCCGCUCCCCGGCUGGAUGAUCGCCUCCUCCAAGGCCGUCAAGUACGUGGACGCCGCGCACUUCGCCGUGCCCCAGGGCGCGCGCGCCGUCGAGCUGGUGGGCGGGCGGGAGAGCGCGCUGGUCCAGGAGGUGCGCACCGUGCCCGGGUGGAGCUACCGCCUCGCCUUCGCCGUGGGGGACUCCGGCGACGGCUGCACGGGGUCCAUGGUCGCCGAGGCCUACGCGGCGCGCGCCACCGUCAAGGUGCCGUACGAGUCCAAGGGCACCGGAGGGUACAAGCGCGCCGUGCUCGACUUCACGGCCGUCGCCAACCGCACACGCGUCGUGUUCCAGAGCACCUUCUACCACAUGAAGGCCGACGGCACGCUCUGCGGCCCGCUCGUCGACGACGCCUCCGUCGUCGGCCUGCGCAAGAAGCCUGCCGCCGCCGGCCGCCGCCUCCUGCAGUUCCUGUAAGGUGCUUAACGCCGCGCUCGGUGGCGUGGCGCAGGCGCAGGCGCAGCGAUGGUGUAAUAUUGGUAGGCGUUUUGGUUUGGUGUGUGCGUGGUAUAUGCGUGCCGUGCGCGCCCUGUGGCUGCAGCUGCAGUGGCGUCGCGUUGGGUGUUUUCUUGUUGUGACGAACAAAGGGGUCUUCUGGCGCACCGGGAGAGGUUAAUCAACUUAUGAUAACCUGAUGAGGUGCCAGACUGAAGAUGACACGGGAUUAAUGGCAAAUGCUGCUAGUACUAUUUUUGUUCCAGACUUA